UGGGGAAGCUGAUUGUGUUGGUGACCAUGUACGCAUAUUUGUUUUCAAAUCAUUGCGGUGGAGUUGAAUUAUGCACAGUUAUUAGCGUUAUUAGUGCUCUUAGUGAUACUGGCUGUGUACGCGUGAUUAACCUUCUUCAGUAACAUUUCAGUAAUUCUUAAUAUGUUACAGUGACGGACGGCUAUUUCGAACAUUAGAAUGAAGAAACUGAGGUCAUGAGCCUGAGAGGUUAUACUUGUGUAUACACGGGCACAUGAUGGCUGUUCCUAUUUUUACAUUCAGUCUGAAUCACAAGUUAUUGCCUGGACGAGUCACCAUUGGCAAGUAUGAUGGCACUCAUUCCUGUUUCACUGCAGCUACAGCAGCAGAUAAGGUGCUGGUGCACAGUCCACACAGACGUGUGGGGCUUGCCUCAGGACGAGUGGUACCAAGUGAUGCAAAUAAAGAACUCGCUCUGUUGAACAUCAACCAAUCAGUGUUGUCUAUAUGUGCUGGUAAUCUGGAUGUAACAGAAGAACGGGACACACUUGUAGUUGGAACCCCUACCAACUUGCUUGCAUAUGAUGUUGAAAAUAACACUGAUAUUUUCUAUAAAGAGGUAUCAGAUGGUUCAAGUGUGGUUAUUAUUGGGAAGCUCGGCAGUUUCCCAAACCCUCUUGCCAUUGUUGGAGGUAAUUGUUCUUUGCAAGGAUUUGAUUAUGAAGGAAAUGAUCCAUUCUGGACUGUGACAGGGGACAAUGUCUGCUCACUGGCUCUUCUGGAUUUUGAUCAUGAUGGAGAAAAUGAGUUGAUUGUUGGUUCUGAAGACUUCGACAUCCGAGUAUUUAAAGAGGACAAUAUUAUCAAUGAACAAACAGAAACAGAAGCAGUUACAGCUCUUGCAGCAUUCCAAAGCAACAAGUUUGGUUAUGGACUUGCUAAUGGAACUGUUGGGGUUUAUGAGAAAUUACAGAGACUGUGGAGAGUUAAAUCAAAGAACCGUGCAGUGGCUAUUUAUGGUUAUGACCUGAAUGGUGAUGGUGUGGAAGAACUCAUUACUGGCUGGUCAAAUGGCAAGAUUGAUGCCCGUAAUAGUCGUACUGGAGAGGUCAUCUUUAAGGACAACCUGAACCAUUCAAUAGCUGGCAUUGUAGAGGGGGAUUACAGAUUGUCAGGCAAAAGUGACCUCAUCUGCUGCUCUGUAGAAGGAGAAGUGCGUGGCUACAACCUCCUGCGCCAGGUAAAUGUGCAGUCCCAUAUGUCUGGGGGUACUGCGAAUGUGGAGACAGAAGUUAUUCGAGACUUAUUCACAAAAAAGCAAGCUCUACUGCUUGAAUUGCGCAAUUAUGAAGGCAACAGUCAGUUUUCUGAAAUUUGUGCUGGAGACAUGGGACAGCAGCUUGCAGUGGCUAAUCAGCAUGUUGGAAUCAUACCUGCCCAAACAAGAUUACAAACUGGAGUUGCUAUCAACAUGGGUACUGAACAGAAACCUCCACAUGUUGAGAUCUCAUUAUCUACAAACAAUGAGACCAUCAUUUCUGCAGUGAUGGUGUUUGCAGAAGGAAUUUUUGAAGGUGAAACUCAUGUUCUGCAUCCAAAAGACUCAGAAGUGACAUCAAGGUUGGAUGUGGCUCUGUAUCCACCUAGGGAUGUUCCAGUUGAUAUUCACAUUAAGGCAUUGGUUGGAUAUGAAGGAAGUCAGCAUUAUCAUGUGUUUGAACUUACUAGGCAGUUGCCACGGUUUUCAAUGUAUGCUGUGCUUGCUGAACGGACACAGGAUGUUGACAGUUUUGUCUCUUUUGUCAUCAGUGAAAGACUCCAGCGGUCACUGCCCAGCAACAGGUCUACAUGCUACAUUAUGAACAUUGUGGCAUUGGAGGUGACCCUGGCCACUUUUAAUUUCCUGCAUCAUGAGAGACCAUUAACUUGUGAGAUUGCCAUGUGGAUUAAUCAAAACUUCUUGCUCAUGGCUGAUUAUGAAGUACAAGAAGACUUGAACAUAACUUUCCUUUCUCUGCGUGACAACACAGAGGUGACACUGAGUAUGGAAUCCAGUGGGCAUAUGGAAAUCAGCACUCGUAAUAUGGCAUUAGCUGGAGAUAUUAUUCAGUCACUUGCCACAUUUCUGAAUUUACAAGAACUGCAGGUGAGUGCAAACUUUCCAGAGGAGCAGGAGAAAAUUGGGGAGCUCCUUCAAAAGGUUUCUGCUCUUCAAGAUGUCCGAUUAAGGCUUGGAGCAGAGAUGGCAGAUCACUCAGGCCUCAUACGUAGCUUGGUGGUUCGUGCAGAAGAUGCCAGACAUUUAGAUGAUAUGAAAAGUAUGCGCAAAUGGUAUUUGGAGCUGAAUGAUGUGAACACGGAUAUGAUUAGGGGCUAUAACAUUCGCUGCAAGAACCACCAAGAACUGUUGGAGUCUCUCAGACAAUUGAAUGUCAUUAUUCAAAAGGCUGCACGAUUACGAGUUGGAAAAUACAAAACAAAUAUAGUGAACCUAUGUCGAACAGCACUGAAGAAUAACAAUCUUAAUUCUUUGGUGAAAAUAAUGAAAAAUGGAGAAGCCUGAUCCUGUUAUUUAUAUAUGCUCGUAAGCAGCUCAAAUGCUGGUAUUACAAAUAACAUUUAAUAUAAGAAGCAGUUGUUGUCAUUGUUGCUAGUGGUGGUUGUGGUGGUGGUCUCACACUCUGAAGGAGAAAAUAGGUUGAGGGUAUUUGAGCACAAAAUGCUGAGUUCGAUUUAAAGAGAAAGGAUAAUAAUAGGCGGAUGGUAAAAAUGACAUAGUCAGGAGUUCAGUAAUGUGCACUCUUCAAGUAUUUUUAGUGUAAUCAAAUCAGAUGUGAUGUGGUGGGCAGGAUAUGUAGCAUACUUGGAGGAGAUGAUUGAAGCGUAUUAAAUUCAAGAUGUAAAACAUAAAGGAUAAAAAGACCUAUGUAUAGAUUGGAUGAUUAAUAUUAAAAUUAAUCUUAAUUAAAUAGGGUGUGAGGUUGUGGACUGAAUUCAUCUGAUUCUGGAUAGAGUCCAGUGGUGAUCAUGGUAAUGAACUUUUGGGUUCUUUGAAAGGUGGAUAAUUUCUUGAUCUUUUCAACAGGGUUCCUGCCACAUCAAAUGAGUUGUUUUAAAUAGUGUCACUUAGCAUUGGUGCUCUUAAAAAAAUAUAUAUUGUGUACUGGAAGAUCUAAAGCUUUCAUGGUGGCUAAAGUUAAAUCCUUGCAGCCUGUCAGCCAUAUCAGUUGGUUAAAAAUGAACUGAUGUGGCAUAAGAUCCUGAUGAUGGCAAAAAUGAUCCCUGAAACAUUUGUAAUUUGUAACCGACAUGGCUGAUAGCCUACGAGGAUUUCAUUAAUACUGUACAGUAGUUACUAUAGGAUUCUGACGAUGGUGUAUAACACACUGAUAUAUUGGGUUUUCGGACUUUAUCCA